AUGGGAGAUGUGUUUCUUCCCAAAAAAGCAACAAAGUAUCAGUUUGCAUUUGAAGAAUUGGUGAUGAAAGAAAAUUGUGAUGAACUGCCAAUUUGGGUAAACUAUGAUGCUCUUAUUGUCUUGGAGGUGUUUAGGCCAACUUCGAAGAUAGCCAUAGACUUCCUUAUUGCGAUCUCGGAGCCCGUUUCUAGGCCAGCCAAAAUGCAUGAGUAUCAGAUUACAGCAUACUCGUUGUAUGCAGCUGCAUCGGUCGGAUUAACCACAGACUAUAUUCUUGAAACUUUGAACAAGUUCUCGAAAAAUUAUCUGCCAAAGAGCAUUAGAAGUUUCAUUACAGACUGCACUUUGAGCUAUGGAAAAAUAAGACUGAUCAGGGCACAUACAAAGUUUUUUAUAGAAGCAAUAUCUAAGGAAAUAUUAGAACUUUUGUUAAAAGACAAUGUGCUGAGGCAGAGUGUGAUAGGACAUAGUUUUGAGCAGAAGUCGGUUGAAAUUACAAAUGUUGAAGAAGUCAAAAAACGAUGUAUUGAAAUAGACUAUCCUUUAAUUGAAGAGUAUGACUUUAAGAAUGAUGAAAUAUUGCCUAUCCUAGAUAUAGACUUGAAGCCUACAUCCCAUAUCAGAUCAUAUCAAGAGAUAUGUCUAAAUAAAAUGUUUGGAAAUGGGCGGGCUCGUAGCGGGAUUAUUGUUCUUCCAUGUGGAGCUGGAAAGACCUUAGUUGGAAUCACUGCCAUCAGUACUAUUAAGAAAUCAGCACUAGUGCUUUGCACAUCUGCAGUUUCAGUCGAACAGUGGAGACAAUCCACUCUCAACUUUACAACUAUUGCAGCAAAUAAAAUAGCUAGGUUUACUUCAGAUCGUAAAGAAUGGUUUGAGGGCAAUGUGGGUGUCCUAAUAACUACAUACUCCAUGAUGGCCUAUUCAGGAAAGCGAUCUUAUGAGGCACAGAAGCUUAUGAACCUCAUUCAGUCGCACGAAUGGGGACUAAUGAUUCUUGAUGAAGUGCAUGUUGUGCCAGCACAAAUGUUUAGAAAAACAGUUUCAGCAAUACCACAUCAUUGCAAGUUAGGACUUACUGCCACUCUUGUUAGGGAGGAUGACAAGAUUGAAGAUCUAAAUUUCUUGAUUGGGCCAAAGCUAUAUGAAGCUGACUGGCAAGACCUUAGUGUACAAGGACAUAUUGCGAAAGUAGAAGGCGCAGAAGUAUGGUGCAACAUGACUGCCGAAUUUUACAGAGAGUACCUGAUCCAAUCAUCAAGAAAAAGAAGAAUAUUAAGCAUUAUGAAUCCGACUAAGAUUCAAAUAUGUGAGUAUUUGAUUGAGAAGCACGAGAAGCGAGGAGACAAAAUUAUAGUGUUCAGUGACAGUGUUCUUGCAUUGAUGGAAUAUGCAAAGAAGAUGGGCAAGCCAUUUAUAUACGGUCCAACAAGCCAAACAGAGCGAAUGAGGAUACUGAAGCAGUUCCAGACCAAUCCGCAAAUAAACACAAUAUUUCUGAGCAAAGUAGGCGAUACAUCAAUCGAUCUGCCUGAGGCAACUUGCUUAAUUCAAAUAUCAAGCCACUUUGGAAGUAGAAGACAGGAAGCACAGAGACUUGGAAGAGUGCUGAGGGCUAAAAAAAGAAACGAUCCCAAUUUUAGGGUGUAUUUUUAUUCAUUGGUCAGUAAAGACACCGAAGAAAUGGUAUAUUCUGCAAAGCGUCAACAGUUUUUGGUUGACCAGGGAUAUUCGUUUAAUAUUAUAACUGAAAUGCCAGAAGUAAUGAAUAGAGAGAACCGCCUUUAUAAGACAAAAUCACAGCAAAAGGAGCUCCUUGCAAUCAUUCUAAUGGCGUCUGAAGAAGACCUAACCUCUGAGGAGUUGAGUGAGGAUGAAAUGGCGGACUAUAAUAUUGGUAAAAUGAGUGUGCUGAGUGGUGCUGAGGGUAUGGCGUAUGUUGAAAGAAAAAAAGAGGCAUAUUUGAAAAAGAAGACUGGAUAG